UUUCGGUCUCAGGUCUGGUUAUUAUAACGUUUCGAUAGUUCAUGCUUAUUUUAUUUAACAAAGUAUUAAAAUAAAAAGAGAUUGCAUUAGUUUCAUAUCAAGUAUAAUUGCAAACAUAUGUUUUAUUUCUUGCAUAUUUAGAGUCGCUAUUGCAUGCAAAGUAUCCUAUUCUUCUCUACCGCUUUUUUCUUUCUUUCUUUCACACACACACACACGCACUCUCUCUCUCUCUUCUCUUGCUUUCUUUUAGCUUAUUGCUAUAUCAUACAUUUAGAACGACUUUCUCUCUUCUUCUUCUUCUUCUUCUUUUCCUUUUUUUUGUCUUCAAAGGAAAUAUCUAAAACCGUUGUUUUGUAAUAAAUUGUUUCUUGAAUGUUAUUGCUUCUUUGCUAAUCGUCUCUCAUUCAAUGUUUCAGGACUUAAUACCGAAAAGUCAUCAUCACGACCACUGUAUAAAGCGUAAUAACUAUCUUUAUAUAUUUUAGGAUCUAAUGUUAUAUCUGGACUGUUUUCACGAGUUCUUGCUGUUGUAACUGCACAGCUACAAAAUAAAUUAUCAUGUGUUAUUACUGAAAAAUAUGCACAGGAACUAUCAUCUUCUUGAACUGUUGUUGUUGUUGUUGUUGUCUUGUUACAGCUAGAAGUUUUAUGUAAAGUGCUUUUGUUGCUUUUUUCAUAAUGAAUAGUUUGUGGGUUU